ACUCUGUUUAACACUUACCGCUCCUCCAAAACCCUAAUAUUUCUCUACGAACAGGGUUUUGCAGAGCCUCCAUUGUUUUUCUUCUCCUCUUUUUCCUUUUUUCUUUACCAAUUCUCCUGAGAACCCGUCUUGGGCUCUGCAAUUUGGUUCAUCUCUCAGAUGGGGAAGUCGAGCAAGAAGUCUGCAACUAAAGCCGAGUUAGCUCCGGCUGCAGUCCCGACCUCGAAACCUGCGAAGAAAGGUAAGAGAGCGGCUGAAGAGGUUGUCGAGAAACAAGUAGUAACGAAGAAGCAGAAAAAGGACGAGGCUGUUGAACAGGCAGUUAAGAAACAAAAGAUCGAAUCAAAAACACAAAAGAAGAAGAAAGUAGAGACAAGUAGCUCUGAGGAAGAUUCUUCUUCCGAAGAAGAGACUGUACCUGCUCCUAAAGUUUCUCCUUCAAAGAAGCAACAAUUGCCCCCUAAAAAAGCUAAUGGUGCUGUUGCCCCUGUGAAGAAGAGCAAGCCUGCUAGUAGUAGCAGUAGCUCCGAGGAAGACUCCUCUGAUUCUGACUCUGAUUCUGAUGAACUGCCCGCUUCUAAAGCUGCUGCAACAUUGAAGAAGGGACCAAGUGCUGCAAAAAAGAGUUCUGUUGCCGUUCCUGCCAAAAAGAACAAGGAUUCCAGUAGUUCAGAGGAAGAGUCUUCUGAUGACGAUUCUGAUUCUGAUGAUGAACCAAAGGGAAAACCUACUGCUGCCAAAAAGAGUGUCCCUGCUGCUGUCCCCAAAGGGAAAGUGGAGUCGAGUAGCUCAGAAUCAGAUGACAGUUCUGAUGAGGAAGAUGAAAUUGCAAAGCCAGCUGUAGCUAAAACAAAAGGUUCGGAAGUUUCUGUUAAGAAAGGGGCUGCUGCUUUGUCUAAAAAGAAGGAUAGUUCUGAUUCCGAAAGUUCAGAUGAGGAUGAUAGCUCUUCAGAUGAAGAGCCUAAAAAUAAAGUAUCCAAAAAAAGCAAUGAACUGAAGAAACUGCCUUCAACUUCUGCUAAAAAUGGCUCUUCUGCUUCUGCUAAAGAUGAAUCGAGUGAUGAGUCUGAUUCAAGUUCAGAUUCUGAUGAAGAUGUUCCUGCAGCAAAAGCUGUUUCCAAGGCACCUGCCAGUGUUAAAAAGAACGAGUCUAGUGACAGUUCAGAAGAAAGUGAUUCUGACGAGGAUGUGGCUGCAAAAAAGCCUGCUGCUGCUCCUGCUAAAUCCCAGCCGGUUAAGAAAGUAGAAGAGAGUUCAGAUAGUAGUUCUGAAGAUGAGGAUGACGACGAUGAGGAUACUCCAAAGAAAGCUGCUGUUCCUUCUGAGAAAAAAGAUUCCAAAUCGAAAACACAAGAAAAGAUGGAUGUGGACAGUGAUGAGAGCGAGGAUGAAGAAGACAGCGAUGACAGUUCCAGUGAAAGUGAUGAAGAGGAGGAAAAACCACAAAAGAAGAAGAAAGUGGAUAAUGAUGUUGAAAUGGUGGAUGCUGUAUCACCAAAAACAGCCACCAAGCAAGCGAAGAAUGAAGCACCUAAAACUCCUACUAAAGAUCAGAGUGGUGAAUCAAAGACGCUGUUUGUUGGAAACUUGUCCUUCCAAGUUGAACAGGCUGAUGUGGAAAACUUCUUCAAAGAUGUUGGAAAGCCUAUUGAUGUCCGUUUUGCUUCUGACCACGAUGGGAGGUUCAAGGGCUUUGGCCAUGUGGAGUUUGAGACAGCUGAUAUUGCUAAAAAAGCUCUUGAAUUGAAUGGUGAGCUCCUGUUAAAUCGUGAAGUAAAACUUGACUUGGCUCGAGAAAGAGGUGCAUAUACCCCAUAUGACAGCAAAGACAGAAACAACUCAUUCCAGAAAGGAGGAAGGGGUGGUCCAAGCCAUACAAUUUUUGUUCGUGGUUUUGAUCGAUCACUAGGCGAGGACGAGAUUAGAAGUGCCCUACAAGAUCAUUUUAGUAGUUGUGGAGACGUUACCAGGGUAUCCAUUCCAAAGGACUACGAGACUGGCAACAUCAAAGGAAUGGCUUACAUGGACUUCAAAGAUUCAGAUAGUUUCAACAAAGCCCUCGAACUCAAUGGCAGCGAACUCAGCGGCGAGUACCUAACAGUGGACGAAGCCAAGCCUCGUGGUGACAGCCGUGAUGGUGGUGGUAGUGCAAGAGGAGGAUGGAGUGGUGGAAGAAGUGGAGGAGGAAGAAGUGGUGGAAGGAGUGGAGGAUGGAGUGGUGGUGAUGGCAGAGGAGGAGGAGGACGAUUCGGAGGCAGAGGAGGACGAGGCGGCGAUCGCGGCGGGAGAGGCGGUAGAGGAGGACGAGGAGGUUUCAACAAACCUAGCAUAGUUGCAUCAGGAAAGAAAACUACAUUCGGUGAUGAUUGAUGACUGAAAGAGAAGAGAAGAGAAGAGAAGAGGAGAGCAAAUGGUAGGGAAAAACAAAGUUUUGGCAGGUGAAG